GGCGCCUGGAGCCCUGCGUCCUCCGCUUCCGGCCCCCGGAACGCCGAAGGCGCGGGAGCGGCCGGGUCAGCGCUUGGACCUGGGUCCGGCCCGCAGCCUCAGGGCCCCGCGGGCGCAGCAGGGCGGGAGGCGGGGCGGCCCGGCCGUGGGCGGAGCGGCGGCCGCGGCCGUGAGCCCGCCCCCAACUCACCCUCAGCCGGCUGGCCGGCGCGGCCAUGGAGGUCUACAUCCCGUCCUUUCGCUAUGAGGAGAGUGACCUGGAGCGGGGAUACACGGUAUCUCACUUCUCCCAUCAGCACUGUCAGCAGUCAUGGAGGGCUUACCAUCUUUGGGACGUUCAUUUAGGAUCUGAAGAUAAAAAGGCUGCUUGUUAGAGGCGUUGGCUUUCAAAGAAAAGAUGAAGUUGAUCUCAUUGGUUCAAGCUAAAAGUGUUUAAGAUAGAAGUGCUAAUGAAUGGAAGAAAACAUUUUGUUGAAAAGAGAUACAGCGAAUUUCAUGCUUUGCACAAAAAGCUUAAGAAAUGUAUAAAAACUCCAGAAAUCCCUUCUAAACACGUUAGGAACUGGGUCCCCAAAGUCUUGGAACAGCGACGACAAGGCUUGGAAACAUACUUACAGGCUGUCAUUUUAGAAAAUGAAGAACUUCCCAAACUGUUUCUUGAUUUCCUAAAUGUGCGACACUUGCCCUCUCUACCAAAGGCAGAAAGUUGUGGAUCUUUUGAUGAAACAGAGUCUGAAGAGUCAAGCAAACUGUCCCACCAGCCUGUGCUGCUGUUCCUCAGGGAUCCAUACGUCUUGCCUGCAGCCAGCGAUUUUCCAAAUGUGGUUAUUGAAGGAGUCCUCCAUGGGAUAUUUUACCCUCAUCUACACCCCAGGUAGAAAUCCUACAUGGCUAAAAGAAGCAGAAGCAAGUUUCGAAGCCACAGUCAAGGAAAUCAAUACUUACCAAAUUAAUCUAAAUGCUAUGAUAUAUAACAGCUCUAGCUAGUGGUAAAGUGUACAGUCCCAGCUUAAUUCAGGGCAGGGACAUUUCCAUUAGAAUGGUGCUCUUAAAAAUAGAAACUGAACCAGGGCAGUGGUCAGUCUAAGGCCAAGUGUUUAAGAAGUAAAAUGUAGCUGCCAGCAUAGAAACCCACGAAAAGGAGGCCACGGGAGAUUCCUGGAAGCACUGAGUGUAGCAAAACAAAGCUACUCUCUGCUUCAGUCGCACCAUUUGCUAACUGAAAAUCAUAUCCUGAAUCAUACUGAGACUGAUCAACUUUGGUAGCUUUUUUGUUCAGAUCUUACGACACACUACUCUUCUCACCAUGAGAUUUUCUCAGCCAGUGAUAGUACAUUCUGAAAUGCUGGCACCAGGAGACGGUCACAGACACACACUGCUAAAUGUGAAGAUGGAACUAAACUGGAAGUUAAAUUAUACUGACAAUCUUAUGGCAUUUUUAAAGAUCAUGGCAUUUUAAUUUAUAUUAGAGUGGAGUUGCAUCAUACUCAGGGGUUAGCUUCCAAGGUCAGUACAUAGGUAAAAUGGGCUAUUAGGAUGAUCCUUGAAAGCCCUUUAGAAGGGUGCCAUGUUGGAAACCUGUACAUCCACUACAAGUAGCUUUUCCCCCCGAUGUUGGAAAAAAAGACUGUUUCUUUGUUUGAAAACCAAGUGAAGUUGUUGGUGUUUGUUUAGGGGUCAUUUUGUUAAAAAAAAAAAAAAAAAAAAAAAAGCACAUACCUUUUAACACUAGAAUCAUAGCCUUGCAAGAUGCUUGCCCCGCUAGUGGCAGAUGUGAACUGACAAGGAGUGAAGCACCCACCCAACGGAUGGACAGCACCCACCUGGGUUUCCUCGAGGGUGUGCAUUCAUCAUAGGUGGGAUCACCACAGGAUUUCAUGUUAUUUUCCUUAUGGCUUCCUUUUCACUGACCUCAUGUGUUGAGUUAAUGUAAGUUAAAGGUGUUUAUGAUAUAAUUCCUCUGUACAUCGUACUUUGAGUAGUAAAGGAUAAAAGCAUAUGUACUACCUAUAUGUAUGUGCUGUAUGUAGGCAUUUCAUUGAGAUCUAAUUAAUAGCUAGCCUAUUUAUGGUUAUUCAUUUUAAUAAGUUCUGUGGGGGGCAAGUAUUUAAAAUCAAAACUAAUAACUACAUCAUGGUUUUUGAUUAGGAUCUAAAUAUUCAGGUUUUAAGCCUGCUCCAAACUUUUAAAGUUAUUAUAGAUUCUGUUACUACAUGUUGGAAACAAGCAAGAACUAAAUAAUAAGUGUUGUCAACCAAAAAUAACUUAAUAGUUGGGUAUUGGAGAUUUUUUUAAAUGUUUUUAUGUUAUUAGCUAUUUGGAGUUAAAUAAAAACAAAGAACAAGGAAA